AUGGGAUUCCAGGGCGAGAAACACGAGGCCUACGUUCGUCUGACCCUCAGCCACCACUACAAAACAGUGAAGGAAAAAAGAACAGAAGUAACCAAAUCUUCUAAGGACAGAACAGUCACCUUCAUCGAAGGAUUCAACUUCAAAGUACCGACUUCCCAAGUGGAGACCACCAGCCUGGCUUUCCACGUUUUCCAAUCGACAUCGGGCUACGGUAGGGACAAACUGAUCGGCAAAUGCGUGCUGGGAUCGUACAUGUUUUCCAGAGGUAAGGCUCUUAUCCAAUGGAACACCGCGUUCGCUAAUCCCAUGGAACAAUGCCAACAAUGGCAGGCUUUAUCGGAAUAGCUUAAUUAAUCGGCGAAUUAGAUACUAAAAAUGAGAUUAUAAAACGCAUUUGUGUAUCGCCGAUCGACUCAACAAUGACCAUAUUAUUUGUACCUGUCGUAUUAAACGCUUAAUAAUUGUAAAUGUACUCACACGUAUCUAGAUGUUAUGUAUUUGUAUGCAACAAAUCUAUAAUGAAGAAUAUAUCAAGUUAGCGUUGGUUUAUGUGGCAUAUAUGUCAAUGAUUCCGAAACCAACUUGAUUUAUGGAUAUUUCUCUAAUUUCAUUCAAGCAGAGGACCACGUCAUGAAUACAAAUGUAGAUGUUUAGAAAUGUUUAGUAUAGAUAAUUGUAGUAAAGGAAUAUAAUUGAUAAGUAGAAACGAA